AUGGUGUCGUUUUGGUUGGAUUGCUUGUCUUCAAAAGUGGAGAAAUGGCUAGUUUCGUGGAAUCUUAAUGGUAACUCGGUCCCCAAUGAUCUGAUCACAUCAGCAGCAGAACUCCUUAAUAUGAACGUCCUUCGAAAUAUUAUUAACUUAGCGCAUGAUGAGUUGAGUAAGGUGAGAGAUGCCUUUACGGAUCGCGUCGCUGAGGAUCGGCCACUUCCUAUACAAGAAGACUUUGAGCAAAUGUUCGAAAAGGCGCUACCAGUCGUGAACUCACACGAGAAAAGUUGCGAGGAUCUUGCAAGCCCCAGCCUUUUCACAAUAAUUUUUUCUAGAAGUAAAAGGAUAUUCCAACUUACAGGAAUUCUUGCACAAGAUCAAAAUCGUGCCACCUCUAAACAAAACGAGACGCUGCAUCAAAACGAAGCAGUGCUAAGGAAUAAAUGGGCUGCGUUACAUGCGUCGACUGUCGCCGGUUACGCAACGCCAGAAACAACGCCGCGAAUCGCCGGUCUAAUUUUGAUGAGAAGUCGAUGUCCUUUGAGCAGAAUUACAUCAUUUCGCGAUCCAAACAGAGAGAACGAAAGCUCAACCACGACAAUUCAGGUGUUGGAUGCCAAUGUGCAUCGCGUCGCCAAGGAGCGGUCUCUUCUCAUGAAUGAAGACAUUGCGCAAAUUUUCGGAAAAGCGCAGCCAGUCAUGAACUUGCACGGGAGAAGACUGAGAGUGGAAAAACGACUAGUUGCUGUUGCUGCAGUUGCGGUUUACGCCGGAUUGAGCGGAAUUGGCGAAAAUGCCUGA